CUCCCCCCAGACGAUGCUGAAUUAUGAACGUGCCACAUCAUGAGUCUCCUUGGGCGGGUAGCUGUGCGUCGAGCCAGGAAAACCGCCCUGCUCUGUGUCGUGUUCCUGAUGGCUCGGGCGUGGAGCAGCGCCCCUCUGGCCCUGGCGGGAGCGGCGCCCGCGGCCCCGGGGCCCCAGAGCUGCCCGUCGCAGUGCUCCUGCAGUAGCCAGCUGGGCAAGGUGGUGUGCACCCGGCGGGGGCUCACCCGCGUGCCUCUGGGCAUCCCCCCUAACACGCGCCACCUCAACCUGAUGGAAAACGCCAUUGACGCGGUGCAGGCCGACUCCUUCCGCAACCUCCACCACCUGGAGGUGCUGCAGCUGGGGCGCAAUGCCAUCAGAAAGAUCGAGGUCGGGGCCUUCAACGGCCUCACCAGCCUCAACACUCUGGAGCUAUUCGACAACCGGUUGACGGUUGUCCCCAGCGGGGCCUUUGAGUACCUGUCUAAGCUGAGGGAGCUGUGGCUGAGGAACAACCCCAUCGAGAGCAUUUCGUCCAACGCCUUCAACCGGGUGCCCUCGCUGAUGCGGCUGGACCUGGGAGAGCUGAGAAAGUUGGACUUCAUCUCAGAGGGAGCGUUCGAGGGUCUGCAGAACCUCAAGUACCUCAACCUGGGCAUGUGCAACAUCCGUGGGGAGAUGCCAAACCUCAGCCCCCUGAAAGGCCUGGAAGAGCUGGAGAUUUCGGAGAACGUCUUUCCGGAAAUCAAGCCUGGUUCCUUCCGAGGCCUGGGCUCGCUGAAGAAGCUGUGGGUGAUGAACUCGCAGAUCGGCACGAUAGAACGCAACGCCUUUGACGACCUGACUUCCUUGGUGGAGCUCAACCUGGCCCACAACAACCUGAGCGCCUUACCCCAUGACUUGUUCUCGCCCCUGAGGUACCUCGUGGAGCUUCACCUCCACCACAACCCCUGGAAUUGCGGGUGCGACGCCCUGUGGCUGGCUCGCUGGCUGAGGGAGUACAUCCCCACCAACUCCACCUGCUGUGGGCGUUGCCACGCUCCCGCCCAGAUGCGGGGUCGCCAGCUGGUGGAGGUGGGCAGGGGCGAGGGAGGCGGGUUCCAGUGCUCGGCCCCGUUCAUCGGCGACGCGCCGAGGGACCUGAACAUUUCGGCGGAGCGAGUGGCAGAGCUGCGCUGUCGCACGGCGCCGAUGUCUUCGGUGCGCUGGCUGCUGCCCAACGGGACCGUGCUCACGCACGCCUCGGGACACCCCAGGAUAUCAGUACUCAACGACGGCACGCUGAACUUCUCCAACGUCCUGGCAGGGGACACAGGGACCUACACCUGCAUGGUGUCGAAUGCGGCCGGGAACUCGAACGCCUCAGCCUACCUCAACGUGAGCGCGGCCGAGCUGAACACCUCCAACCUGAGCUACUUCACCACAGUGACGGUGGAGGUGUUGGGCCCCACCACCGAGAUGCCCAAAACCAAGACCACACCCAACGCUGCGGCGGCGGCUGGAGUGGCUGGAGGAGGAGGGCCAGGGACAACCACCACGACGGCUUUGCCCUCCAUCUUCCAGCCCGUCUUCAUCUCCACCCCGACCGUGCUCCUACAGAGCACCGAAUCCCCGGGCCGGGGGAAGCCGUCGGUGGUGCCGGUGUCCAAGGCCACCACGGGGCGCCCACCCGGCACCAGCCUGGACGAGGUGAUGAAGACCACCAAGAUCAUCAUCGGAUGCUUCGUGGCGGUCACCCUCUUGGCCGCCGUCAUGCUCAUCGCCUUCUACAAGCUGAGGAAGAGGCACCAGCAGAGGAGCACAGUGGCAGCCGCCCGCACGGUGGAGAUCAUCGCCGUGGACGAGGAAGACCUGCCCCCCCCUGCCUCGGCAGCCAACGAGGGAGUGCUCACACUGCCCGAGAUCCACGACCACAACAGCAUCCACAAACUGGACUACGUCAGCCACAAGACAGACUACGGCUUCCACAAGCCGAAAGCGGACUACAUUACCCACAAACCCAAGCCCGAUUACGCAAUCCACAAGCCCAGGGCUGAAUACACAACUUAUAAGCCCACUGUUGACUACACUACCAACAUUUCGGACUACAACACUCACAAAUCCACCCCUGAUUUUAGCGUUCAUAGAACAAAGCCUGACUAUAGUCCAUUCAGACCAGACUACAGUACUCAAAAGUUUAAAACAGAUUACAGCCACUCGAAAACCGAAUAUGGAACCCACCCGAAAACUAAACCGGACUACAGCCCAUUCAAACCGGACUACAGCACUCACCCAAGACCCAGACCAGACUACACCCCAUGCAAACCGGAAUACAGCACCCAACCAAAACCCAAACACGACUACAGUCCAUUGAAAUCGGACUACAGCAUCCACCCAAAACCAAAACCUGACAGCAGUCCAUUUAAACCAGACUACAGCACUCACCCGAGACCCAGACCAGACUACAGCCCAUUCAGGUAUGAGUACAGCACCCAGCCCAAACCCAAACCAGACUCCCACAAACCAAAACUUGACAACAGCACUUACAAACCAGCCUCUGAAUACCCCCCCCACAAGGCUGGGCCAGAUUACAGCGUAUUCAAGACUGAUUUCAGCUCUCACAAACCGGACUACAGCCCCUUCAAGUCGGACUACAGCCCCCACAACGCAGACUACGUCAACCAGAAACCUAAAAUGGAUUACAGUCCUCACAAAGCGGAUUACAGUCCCCAGAAGGUGGACUACAGCACCCUAAAGCCCAAAUACAACACCUACAAACCGACGGGACACGGGGCCAAAUGGACAGAGAACAACAUUGGAAACUCCCUCCCUCGAACCUUGCCCAGCACCAUGACAACCAUGCCUGAGCCCUUUGUCAUUAAAACACACACCAAGGAGAAGGUACAGGAGACUCAGAUAUAGCAUCUCUAGAUGCUCCCACCCCCUGCCCAACCCCUAAGGCCCAUGACACAGUCCCUACCCUUCAUACAUACCAUGCAAUAGAAUGCACAACUUAAAAAAGGACAGGAACAUUCUUUUUUUUGUACAGAGUGCAAAACGUAAAAAGACUUGAUUUCUUGUUGUACAUGCUUAUAAAUAAAUAUAUAUAUGGAAAAAUUGAAACUACCAUGGGCUGGUGAUAGAGAAGCAUAUUAUAUUAAAAAGAAAUAAAUUGAAACUAUUUUCUAACUUGUAACUUCUAUUUAAAAAGAUGAGUUGUUUAAGAUGAUGUCUUGACUUUGACAAAUGAGGGUAGUCUUGUUUUAAAAAGGGGCAUUCUUUGUGAUUUUUAAACCAUACUACACAGAAUGCAGUGACAAGAAAAAAAACGGAAAAAAACACAUUUAUACCGAAAAGACUUUCUUUAAAAAACAGAAAAAGGUCAGUGUUGAUAUUUACAGGUUUAUCUUGUAAAAGCACCAUGAAUUUGUACUGUGCCAAAUGUUAUAAAUGCAAUAAAAUGGAUUUUUGGA